AGAGUUCUAAGCUGUGCUACAUCAAAGUGAAAGGCAGGUAAAACAGAUGAAGGAAGCAGCCCCAAGAAAAAACACAGCUUUAACAUAGAGAAUGGAAGAAUGGUCACAGCUGCCUGACAGAAUAAGCAGAUAAAAUGGCACCAAAAGUUGGGGCAAGCGCAGCCAAAGUGGUAGUAGACGACGACGACGAUGACUACGAGGACGAACCUUCGGCUCUGGACUAUGUGCUAGAAUUCUUAGAAUCAACCAGAGGUCGAUACAUGGGCUUAGCACUGGUGGUGCUCGAAUUUUUUCUCUGCAUUGUUAUGUUAAUUUUGUAUAUUGUGACCAUGUUGAGCACUGCGGAUGACCGAGCAGCAAUGGCCUUGCUUAAUGAUUAUAUUAGGUCGAAUAACAGAUCGCUUCAAAAUGCAAACAAUGAGUUCAUAUUCAGGCUGGCUAUGGCUGAAGCGAAUGAUAUGAUUGCACUUCAAGAACUUACUAAGGAGGCGAUUGAGGCAAGGGACAAAAUUCUAGCAUUCGCCAAGAAGAAGGAAACAAGACAAUUCUUUGACGUUUACUUUUACAUAUCACAUGAUAGAAAGACAUGGCCUGAAGCCCGACAAAUCUGUGAGAGACUUGGAUCUCUUCUGGCUUCUUUCCCCACUCUGGAAGAGCAGCACUUCUUAAAGAAAGAAAUGGAUGCUUUAGUGCCAGAAUACUAUUGGAUUGGGGUAUAUAGAACACCAGAUGACCAUUGGAACUGGAUUCUUCCAUCAAUUAUGUUCAGCCACAGCUACUGGCAAUCAGAUCCUCCAGAGAAACAAUUUAAUGCAGGUGGUUCCAACUGUGCUGCUUUAAUGAAAUCUUGCCAAGGUUCUAACUGCUGGCUAUCCUUUAAAUGCACGGAACGCACACAGUACAUUUGUAGGGCACAUCAAGAUGUAAAGUGGAUAUGACUGCUUGUCUUAAAAGGAAUGGGACUGGCCCCAUGAUCGAUCUCCAAAAUAAGGAUAUCAGUUCACGGUCCUCAGAACAUUUAGCAAUACUGCUUGCUUGUGGCUGGAAAAAUGGCCCACGUUUUCAGUCUCAACGGCUGCCAUGAGAAUAAAGUAUGGAAACCUUCA